AUGGCCGACAGCCAGCGCACAGAACGAGCGGGGUCCUUCGCCUCGUCCUCCACCGAAACCGCGACUCUUCACGAGCUCACCAAGCUGGACCCGAUGGAGGACAGCGUGCAGAAUCUCAAGUCGCUCAACGACGAGGAGAGGCUCGCCGACGCUGAGGAGGAUGAGAAGCUUCUGCCCUCCAGCAAUGAGAAAGAGGAGCCCCCGAAGGCGAAGGCCAGCUUUGCCGGUGCCGUUGUAUGGAUGGUCGUAAACACCUUGGCCACCAUUGGAAUCGUUUUCACAAACAAGGCCAUCUUCUCCGACCCUCAAUGGAAGUUGUGCCAGCUCACGUUUGCGAGUUUCCACUUCCUCGUCACUUUCCUCACGCUUCACAUUCUCUCGCGACCCAUGUUCGCCUACUUCACCCCGCGCCGCGCUUCGAUCAGGGACCUCCUCCCGCUGUCUAUCGCCAUGUGCCUGAACGUUAUUCUGCCGAACCUGUCGCUGGCAUUUUCUUCCGUCACGUUUUAUCAGAUCGCCCGUAUUCUUUUGACACCGACUGUCGCCCUGAUGAAUUUCGUCCUGUACAAGGCGACGCUGCCCCGGAAUGCGAUCCUGGCUCUCAUCCCGGCCUGCCUUGGCGUCGGAAUGGUCUCAUACUAUGACUCUCUCCCCACCUCAGACUCGAAGAUCAAGACGACUUCCAGCCUGGGCGUGUUCUUCGCCUUCACUGGCAUCUUUGCGUCGUCGCUCUACACCGUCUGGAUUGCCAGCUACCACCGCAAGCUCCAGAUGUCCAGCAUGCAGCUGCUGUACAACCAGGCGCCCAUUGCCUCCUUCCUGCUGCUCUACGUCAUUCCCUUCGUCGAUACGUUCCCCGACUGGAUGACUGUGCCCGGCAACCGCUGGCUCAUGAUCGGCAUGUCUGGUGCCUUCGCCUCUCUCAUCAACAUUUCUCAGUUUUUCAUCAUCGCCCAAACCGGCCCCGUGUCAAGUACCGUUGUCGGCCACCUCAAGACCUGCACAAUUGUCGCUCUCGGCUGGAUGGUCUCCGGUCGUGCCAUCGGUGACAAGUCGGUCCUGGGUGUCUUCGUUGCUAUUGGUGGCAUUGUCGGCUACUCUGUCGUCAUGCUUCAGCACCAGAAGCAGCAGCGCAAGUAA